AUGCCACCACCUUCUGGUGAAUGGUCUAAUCAAUAUAGUCCCAAUGCUUGUCCCGAUGACUAUCAUCCAUUUGUGGAACAUCUCUUGCCUUAUGUCAAAGAUUUCGCCUAUGUUUGGUUCAACCUUCAGGCUGUGAAACGCAAAUAUUUCAAACGCCAAGAGAAACGUAUGACGGUGACAGAAGAGAAAUCACUCAAAGAUGAGCUAAUGUUGGAGCGAUCUGAACAGAAACAGAAAUGGGCUGGUCGUUUGUUAGGAAAGUUACGGAAAGAUAUCCAACCACAGUGUAGAGACGAUUUUGUUAAUUCUAUUACCGGUAAUAAGCCUGCAGUAUGCGUUUUGUCCAAUCCUGACCAAAAAGGAAAAAUGCGGAGAAUUGAUUGCUUGAGACAAGCCGACAAAGUGUGGAGGCUCGAUCUUGUGAUGGUUAUUCUUUUCAAGGGAAUCCCUUUGGAGAGUACUGACGGAGAAAGACUAGAAAAAUGUGCAGAAUGCAUGUAUCCAGCCCUGUGUGUCAAUCCAUAUCAUAUUUCCAUAGCCGUUCGAGAAUUAGACCUUUUUUUGGCGAACUUCAUUCACACUAGUGAUCCUUCGACUGAAAUAUCCACUCCUACAUCUAUUGAGAAAAGUGAAACAAGUAGUCAAAUUUCAUCGGGUCGCCGGUCAAACAAUAAUGAUGAUGAUGAUGAGUUGACAUUGUAUGACGGCGGGAUUUGGGGUACGGGUGUUUUUACCGCUUAUGAACUCAAAGGCUUAACCAAACCUUCCAUAAUCGACCAAGGAUCUCAUAGUAGUAGUAUGAUGUUUUCUAGAAUGGCAACACGGGUCAAAGAAGAACCUCACCAAUGGUUAGGGGAUGACAUGUCUCCAGGCGAAAACUCAUUAGACGCCUCUACUGCACCUCCUUCUCCGCCUGCGUCUGCCGUUGCUGCUGUUAAAGCUUUAUCCCAAGAACAUCAUGGAAACCCAAACACGAGUAGCAACAAGGGAUGUACUACACAUUCUACAAUGUUAUCAGUUACUGACAUCAAGCCUGUUCUCGAGGAUGGACCAUCUGAGAAGAGGAGUAGGCACACUUCUCAUGAUUCAGCAGCAAGUAGCACGAAUGAAGAAGUUCGACAGAUUGUGGAACGCAGUUGGAAUGACGAUCACCUUUUAUUGAAUGAACAACAAAGAGGGUCCGCAUUUGAACCAACGACACGUGUAGUAUCUGUGCGGAGUAAUAGGGUAGUUAAAAUAGUGCCGAACAAUGGAAGUAAUCAAUCAGGCACAUUGAGGCGCGUUAACGUCGGAUUAACUCCGAUUAAUGGCGAAUCUGAACAAAGGGUAGGAGUUGUAGUGUUUGAUAAUCGCACGCAAAACCAACGGAGUUAUCAAGCUCCAGCUAGAACAAUAGCGCAGCCUAUACCCACUACUGUAAACCAAAUAGUUAAUAAGCAUGCAGUAGCUCAGAGCCACGCGCCUAUAGUCUCGAGCCGAAAACGAAUUCAUAAUAUCAACUCGCCUAAUAACGUGAGGAUAUCAGAUGAAUCGCUGAAUGGUAUAUCCAGAAUGAAUGGCUCGGGUAUGAUUGAAACUUCUCCAACAAACUUGGUCACGCAAUUGCGGAGGGUCGAUAGUAACGGGUCUUAUAUGGGUAGUCCAACUAAGUUCACAAAUGCAGUGGGCGACACGAUAAGCUUCAGCAAAGUCUUUUCUCAAGUUGAACAGCAGCAUGCUAAAGCAAAAACAGAUUUUGCUGAUAUCAUGUCGCCACUUCAACCUGUCCGGACAUUUACGAAUCGUCCAGAGAGUUCAGCAAAGUUAGUUGCGCCUAAAGCUAUUAAUCCAACUGUCGUGACUAAACAUGCCUAUGACCAUCAAGCGCAAAUGCUGUCAGACUGCAACUCAGCCGUUAGUUCACCAAUCUCAACACCCCGUGUAACUCCUGUGCCAACAACCAUGAGGCAACUAGAUGAUGAUUCGUGCUCAGGAUUGUUCAAUAGUAGUAACAGUAACGAUGGUAUGCUCAAAGAAGUUUCGAACACAUUCUUACAAUACAUAAACGACUCAAAUUCUCGCUCUCCCAUAUCGACCAAUUCGAUGAUACCCUUCGCAACUAUUAUGGGUGGUAAUCCUACGAGGCCGGAUAGUGUAGCAAGCAAUGGUUCGAACUCCCUCACGGGCGUCUUGUCGCUUUCGGCGCCGCCAACAACAGCUUUGACCAUGUCGCAAACUCCAACUGCCACAUCUCCCACAGUGGAUUCGACAACGAUUGAAGUCAUGGUUCGAGAUUCCGUACCAGACUCGACAACAGCAGAUUCCCCACGAACAUCCAGUAAUGUUAUGAACUCUAGUCCUUCUUCUAAUUCGAAUGGCUCCGGGAACUCGCAUACGGGAGUGAUAGAUUUCAAUGUGUUAAACAAGUAA